UUAAGGUGGAACAGGAAAAGAAGCUGAGGUGCCUAAAUGUAGUCUUAACUGCUGCACCCUUUAAGGUGGAACGGGAACAUUUGAACAAGAAGCUGAGAUGCCUGAAUGUAGUUUUAACUGCUGCACCAUUUAAGGAGGAACUGGAAAAUUCUAACAAGAAGCUGAGGCACUGAAUGUAGUCUUAACUGCUGCACCUUUUAAGGUGGAACGGGAAAAGUUGAACAAGAAGCUGAGGCGCCUGAAUGUAGUCUUAACUGCUGCACCAAACAAGAUACUGGUGUUCAGCUUCAUUGAGAGUUGAAAUGCCUGAAAAGGGAUGAGGAGGUCGCUCCUGCUGGACAGGUGGACAACAUUAACUCCUUUUUGCUGUUUCACAGAAGCAAUAGCUCGAUUAAUCGGACGGCAGAGGCAGAAAUAAAAGCAUGAGGACGCUGGACGAGGUUCAGGCUACUCUGCAGAUCGCCAAGCUGAAGGAGGAGGACCUGCAGGCCGUGACUCACUGCCUGUCUUUCGGAGAAAGCGCGUCGUCCGGCGAUUACAGCCUCAUGGAGCUGGACGACACGCUCUGCAGACACAUCGAGGCUGGAAAGAGUCUUAUAAUCCGAGGAGACAAAGAUGAGCACGCAGUUCUGUGCAGCGAAGACAAAACGUACGACCUGAAAAUGGCGGACACGUCCAAUCUGCUGCUGUUUGUGCCAGGAUGCAAAACCCCAGAUCAGCUCAGUGACCACCCAACGCAUCCUCAGCUGGUCCACGCGCAGAUUUGGGGCUAUGCUAGCAGUUACUGGGAGCUGAGACGCCAGCGGCCGAAGUUAAAGAAACUGAAGAAGCUCCUCAUGGAGAGUCCAUACAGUGGUCCACCAGUCGGCACAGAGGAAGAGGCUCCUGAGAACAAGUAUACGAUGGAGGACUUUCUCAAGCAAAUCCAAGCAAGCCGAGAGGAAAUUGAAGCCCACCUUCAGAAAAUUCAUGCAUGUGAAAUUGAUGGAUACUGGCGGAUUCUGGAUUUUGAUUACGAGCUGAAGCUGCUGGGUCACGUGACUCAGCUGGUGGAUUCAGAGUCGUGGUCCUUCAGCAGAGUUCCUCUGAGAACGUGUCUGGAAGAGCUCGGGCCGCUUGAGCCCACAGCAAUGAUUGAACACUGCCUCAACUGUUACGGAAGACGAUAUAACACAGAGGAAGGUGAGGUUGUGUAUGCUCUGGAUGAGGAUAAAGUGUGCAGGGCCAUGGCUCAGAUGCUGCUGCAGAAUGCCGUCAAGUUCAACCUGUCAGAGUUUCAGGAGGUGUGGCAGCAGAGUGUGCCCGAGGGCAUGGGCACCAGGCUGGACCAGCUCAGAGGUUUGGCUCUGGUGGACCGCAACUCAAGGCCUGAGACCAUCUCCCUGCUGAGAGUGGAGGACCUGCCUGAGGACACGCUGGAGCGCUUCAGCGCCCUCUUCAGCAUGAGGGAGAAAUGGACACAGGAUGACAUCGAGCCGUAUAUACAGGAUUUGUGUGGAGAGAAACAAACGACAGGAGCUUUGCUGACCAAACAUGCCCGGUCAUCCAUGCAGAACGGGGUGAAAGUCUACAACUCCAGAAGACCGGUAGCAACGUGAAGGCCUUUUAUUUCACUUCUGUUUUCAGGCAGAAGGACACUUUUAAACAUUGUAUGUUUUCACUUUUAUUUGUAAAGCCAUUGAUUUGGUAAUAAAAGAAUAUUACAUUGCUGUAA